AUGCAACAACAACGCCUCAAUAACAUGUUGCCUCCGAAUGCCUACAAUAACGCCAAGGUAUCAACAGUGAUCAAAAUUUUGGUAGUUGGAGAAAGAAAUGUGGGGAAAUCUGCUCUGAUAAGCUCAUGGUGUGGAGUCAUGAAUGAAAAGAAUCAUUUGAUACGUUUUGUUGAUCGGAGAAGCAGUGGAGAGAUAGAUGUUACCAGAGUAGAGGUAUCUACUUCAGCAUCAACAGCAACUGGGAAAUCAAGGUCUAUCACCAUGGGGGAAGAAAUAGAGAAUGCCAAUUUCUAUAUAGAUUUUUGUGAGCCAAACAAUGAUGCUGAGCUCCCUACAAACGAUGCAAGUGUAAAAUCGGCGUGGAUGAUGGGUACAGAUUUUGUGUUGAUUGUGUAUGACACUUCAAAUUUGGUAUCUUGGAAUGCAGCAACAACAAAGUGGCUUUCAUGGUUUCAAGAAUACGAGACACAACUGAAUACCAUCAUGCUUGUUGGAACAAAAAAUGAUCUUCCCCGAAAAGUUGUGCCAAUUAAGGAGUGCGAACAAUUUUGUAAGUCCUAUAUUUCAUCUAGAGAAGAGAAUGGCUAUAGUGGAAUUGGAAGUGGAUUGUUUUUCAUGGAAUUAUCAGCAAAAUUAGGCACAAAUGUUGAGCUGGUGUUAAGUAUUCUUUUGAUAAGAAUAUCUCAUUUGCUGACCUACCGCAAGGAGUCUGCCCGUGCAAACCCACCCUCACUCGGUCUGUUUGGUAUGAAUUCUCACAUGCUAUACUCUCAUGACAUGACAUCAGAAGACACCACUAGGUCUCUCACGAUUGAAGAGUUGCCAGUUAGCAAUAGAGGAUCUCCUUCGUUCAAUCAACAGCAGAGAGUAAGUACGGCAUGUCAAACCCCUCCAGAUAUUUCAGCAGCAUCCACAACAAGAAUUGGAACAGAUCACAAGACCCUUAAAGAGCCAAUCUCUCCUACCCUCAAAACCUCCAAUCAGGAUCAAACCCUCUCCACUCUGUCACACACGAGUUUUGAGAUCGAAAACAACUAUGGCAUCAAUUCUUCAGGAUUAAUAGUGUUGCCGCCAGUGGAUUCUACUGCUCAAUCAACUACAGAUGGAUGUAACAACAACAAAUCAGAUACCUCUGCAAAGAAAUUAUCUAGGAAUCAAAAACCAAGCUCAGUGCAGACGAAAAUUCAAAAUUUUCAGGAAACAAAGCAAGGCUAUGUUAUUCCUGUAAUUGAGACUGAUCUUUUCUCUGACCAAAAACAUCAUAUACCUUCCAAACCGCAACAAGUACAGCAGUUCAUUUCACACAAUUUCUCUCAUAAUGAGCACUCUGCUAAAGUAAUACUGUCUAUCAAUAUUGGAGAUGGUAAAAUGUGUAAAUUAGGAGUAGUGUCUGGAGACAAUAUUUUCCACUUGGCUGAAUUAGUUGUGAAACAAUUUGAAUUAGAUCCCAAAUUGAGAUCCGAAAUUGCAUUCAACAUUAGAAAUAGUAUUAACAAGUAUAUUGACAAAGCCAAUGGGUCGCUCUUAAAGGAUAAAAAGAAUAACCCAAAACUCAAGGAAGCAGAAAAAUUCAACCAAACCGUGGGAACAAUGUUUUCCAACACCACUCAACAAACCCCUUUCAAUUUUGUCAGUGAUUGGAUAAAACCAACAAGACCUCCAAUUCUUCAACUUAAAAUAACUAUUUCGAAAGGUAAAACAGGAGUCAUAGUGAUUCGAGAGGGAGACGAUAUUACAGAGCUAGCUCGAAAUUUUGUGAGUACCUUCGGACUUAAAAAAGAACAACUGCCUAAAAUUGUUGAAAAAAUCAAAAAGCAUCUCGAGGAUUGCCAAGAAGGUAUAGGUAAAUCAGCAAGUGGAAGGCCUUUCAGUAAUUCUCGAGAAGAAACAUCAAUUGUAGUUGAGAAAUCUGAAAAUCCGCUUUCUGCAAAGAAGUCACAACAGCCUAAAGAGAAGAAGGACCCCAAAGAGGCAAAAGCGUUAUUAGCAACAACUUUAGCUUCUUCGCCCCACACUCCAAGACCAGGUAAUAAGGUGCUAUUUAACCUGGAUGUGGAAAUUAAUGAAAACAAUAGGAAGAUACUUACUGUGAGAGAAGGAGAUGACCCUCAUGCGUUAGCUCAUGAGUUUGCAAAGCAUCAUUCCAUUGGAUCUAGGGCUGAAGAAAUGCUUGUGCAACUGGUUCAAUAUCACAUGAAAAAGUAUUACGAGCAAAAGAAAUUACCAUUUCCAUCUCCAUAA